UGACACAGGAAGUAUAAAAGGCCUGAAGUGAAUCCACCCCAGAUCACUGCACCAGGAUACUUCCCAAGUACAAGCUCCUCAAAGAUUUCUCCUCUUCGAACAAGCGAAACGUGCAUCAUCAGAGAGUGAAAGAUAACCGUCACUGUCUCAGAAGUAACUUCAGUUCAAAGUUUAGAGGAUCAAAACGCUCUGACUUCCUGAUUCUCUCACAAAAAACAGGAACAACCAAACAACCGCAAUGGAUCCAGGCUCUGUGAAGUGGAAAUCAUAUACUGUUGUUCUGAUUCUGCUCAGCCUGUGCUGCUGCAGCCCUGCAGCCGUCACACUGAAGGAACACCUGUCCGAUUGUUUAAAGGACAAAGAUUAUAAUAAACUGCUGCACACUGUGAAGACCGGUCUCCCACACAUGAACACAUCUCAUCAUGUUGUGGUUGUUGGAGCUGGAGCUGCUGGACUGACCGCUGCCAAAUUACUGCAAGACGCAGGACACAAGGUAACUAUAGUUGAGGCCAGUGGUCGUGUUGGAGGACGAGUAGAGACCUACAGAAAUGAAGAAGAGGGCUGGUAUGCUGAGAUGGGAGCCAUGAGGAUACCAAGUUUCCACCACAUCGUCCGCUGGGUUGCUAAAGAACUUGGGGUCAAGCUGAAUAAAUUCAGCAUGUAUGACCCGAACACCUUCUACAUGGUCCACGGGCUGCGGAAGAGGACGUACGCGGUGGAAGCAAACCCUGACAUCCUGAAGUACAAUCUGUCAAGAAGUGAGAGGGGGAAGUCGGCUGAAAAGCUGCUGCAGCAAGCUUUAAAGAAGGUGAAAGAUGAAGUGAUUGCAGAAGGCUGCAAAGCUGCUCUACAGAAAUACGAUCACUAUUCUGUGAAGGAGUACCUGAAGGAGGAAGGUGGUUUGAGUACAGAGGCGGUGGAGAUGAUUGGAGAUCUGCUGAAUGAACAGAGCCUCAUGCAUCUGGCCCUGACUGAGUUGAUCUACCUCGAGAGUGACGUCAGCGACAAGACCAUAUACGAUGAAGUGACCGGUGGGUCAGAUCUCCUGACCACAGCUUUCUUAAACGUUCUUGAUGUCCCCAUCCUCCUGAACUCCAAGGUUAAACACAUCAGCCAAUCAGAUAAGGGAGUGAUUGUGUCAUAUCAGACGGGGAACGAGGGCUGCCAGACAGACCUUCCUGCUGACUUUGUCCUGGUGACGACUACAGCCAAAGCGUCCCUCUACAUCGACUUCAAUCCGUCCCUCUCCUUCAAAAAGAUGGAGGCCCUGAGAGGGGUCCACUAUGAGAGCUCCACUAAAAUCAUCCUCACCUUCAGCAAGAAGUUCUGGGAGGACGACGGCAUCCAUGGAGGGAAGAGCAUCACAGAUGGGCCCUCUCGAUACAUCUACUACCCCAGCCACGGUUUCCAGAACGAGACCAUCGGAGUCCUCCUGGCCUCCUACACCUGGUCCGAUGACUCCCUCCUCUUCUUAGGCGCAAGUGAUGAAGACCUGAAAGAUCUGGUUCUGAGAGACUUGGAAAAGAUCCACGGCAAACACGUCAGGUCUCUGUGCACAGGGGUGAAGGUGAAAAAGUGGACUGCAGAUCCUUACAGCAUGGGUGCCUUCGCUCUGUUCACCCCCUAUCAGCAUUUAGAGUACUCUAGAGAGCUCUUCAGGAGUGAGGGCAGGGUGCACUUUGCUGGGGAACACACAGCCUUCCCUCAUGCUUGGAUUGAGACGUCUAUGAAAUCUGCUAUCAGGGCGGCUACAAACAUUAACUUAGCGGCGCACAAAGAGGAGGAUAAAACUCAACACAAAGAGGAGCUCUAGGAUUUUAUAUCCAGGAGGAUUAAGGAGGGUUGUGAUGAGGUCUAUGUGAUAUGAGAUACAAAAGGUACGUUAGAAAGAACAUACAACAAUGAGAAAAUCUUCCUUUAAGAUUUAAUUUAUUAUAAUCAACAAGAGUCGUCCAAUUACAAUAACUAACAUUGACAAAUGUUUACAACAAGAAGCUGUGAUCAAUACAAAAUCAGAGAACAGAAAUUCAACAUAAGGUUAGUUCAGGCCGUCUAUUUAAGCUGCUUCCUGCUUUCUUUGCAAACCGCCUCCACCCCAGUCCCCGCCUUUUCUUCUGUGUCUGAUUUUACCAGCGUCGUAUAUCGUCACUGAUGCCUGCUCUGUACUUUGCUGAUGCUCUCCCUGCCGUGGAUUUUCCUGUAUGCACAUUAAGAGAAGGGGGGUGGGGGGGGGGGCUCUUCCUGCCUCUGGCUCUGACAUUCCACUUAUGAGCAUGUGGACAGGUAGGGAGAUCUCAGAUGUCAACAGAGGACUUAUUGUAAGCAAGUAAUUAAUUAACUUAACUAAAGUGACCCUGAGUUAACUACAUUCAGGUUUUAAGAAUUAGAUUUAAGUAAGCUAAAGGAUCAAGGGAAGAAGGGAUGAGUAGAGGACGAGGUAAGGAGGGACCAGUAGGGCUUGAGGUAAGAAGGAAAUUGUAGGGGUCCAGGAAAAGAAGGGUGAUUAGGCCUCAAGGUAAGAAGGGACAGGUAGGGGUCAAGGCAAGGAGCGAUGAGUAGUGGUCAAGGUAGAGAAGGAUGGGUAGGGGUCCAGGAAAGGAAGGAUGAUUAGGGGUUAAGGUAACGAGUGAUGAGUAGGGGUCAAGGUAAGGAGGGAGGAGUAAGGAGUCAAGGUAAGGAGGGACAGGUAGGGGUUGAGGUGAGGAGGGAUGAUUAGGGAUUUAGGUAAGGAGGGACAGGUAGGGGUUGAGGUAAGGAGGGAUGAGUAGGGGUCGAGGUAAGGAGGGAUGAGCAGGGGCUGAGGUAAGGAGGGAUGAGUAGGGGUCAAGGUAGAGAAGGAUGGUAGGGGUCCAGCAAUGGGGUCCACUAAUGGAGGGAUGAGUAGGGGUUGAGGUAGAGAAGGAUGAAUAGGGGUCAAGGUAGAGACAGAUGGUAGGGGUCCAGUA